CUGGGAACCUUAAACCGUUUAGCCGGCAUUAACUAAAACCCUAAAAGAAAAACAAGAAACCUUUCAAUGGAAGGAGCACAAAUGGAGGAUUUUCGGAUCGAAGAGUGUGAAAAUGAAAACAAUACACACGAAGAUUCUCAAAUGGAAGAACCUGAGCAAAACAAUAAACACAUGGAGGUCGCACCCGCCCUUAUUUCCGUCCACCCGACCCGGAACUCAGUUGCAGUCGCUGUCGGAUCGGACCUUCGUGUCUUCAAUCUCCUGGAAGAUUGUGCUGUGAUUUUGGUGGAUGAGGCAGGCGGGGCUUCACAUAAUGAUUCAAUUAGAGGUAUUAAAUAUGGAGCAAAUGGGAAACUCUUUGUAUCUGCUGGAGAUGACAAGCUUGUCAAGGUUUGGUCUACCGAGUCUUGGCGCUGUAUUGCUACUGUGUGUUCUGAGAAGAGAGUGAGUGCAGUUGCUAUAAGCAAUGAUGGUCUUCAUGUUUGUUUUGCUGACAAAUUUGGAGUGGUUUGGGUAGUGGAUCUUCCAGGGGUUGAUGAAACUCAAGCUCCUCUUAACAAGAAGGCGGUGCCAUUGCUUGCUCAUUAUUGUAGUAUCAUUACUAGCCUGGAGUUUUCACCUGAUGGACAUUUUAUUGUCAGUGCUGACAGAGAUUUUAAAAUUCGUGUUACAGUGUUUCCCAAGAAGCCAUUAGAUGGAGCUCAUGAGGUUCAAAGCUUUUGUCUUGGUCAUACGGAAUUUGUUUCCUGCCUUGCCUUCAUUUGCACUCCAGAUUCUCCGCAGGGUAUUCUUGUUUCUGGUGGUGGUGAUUCCACUGUUCGCAUGUGGGAUAUUAUAUCUGGAUCCCUCCUUGAUACUUGUGCAGUUGGUGCAAAGGCUCAGUUUGAGUCUGAUACUACAGAAGGAAACUGUUCAACUGUUACUGACAUAUGCACGAUUCCCGCUUGUACCCUUAUUGCAGUAGCCAUUCAAAGUCUGCGAGGAAUAAUGUUGUUGAGCUGCGACCUUUCAUCUCGGACUCUUUCUGUUAUGAAGGUGGUCUCGAUCAUUGGGGAGAAUUUCGUUCCUACUAGCCUUGGUAGUAGUAUAUCUGGAGGAUUGUUAUGGAUGGUAACAGGUGCCUCUAAGUUGCGAGGUUCUGACGUUUCAUCUUUGUCUCGAGUGAAAGUCAUCUCUGGUUUUGAGAAAAGCAGUCCCGACGCUUCGGAGCAGGAACCAGCUGUGUUGGUGGAUAGUGAAAUACCCGGUGGAGCUAAACUGCUAGAGAAGUUGCAGGGAAGCAUUUCAGUUGAUGAAAAGGUGUUCUUGGCGGCGGCGGAUGCUGUAAAAACAGCAAUGUGCAAUUUGUUAAUUAAGAAGCAAUAUUCUGAUGAGAAACGAGAGUUCAGAAAGCGAACAAGAAAUGAUAGGAAAAGCAAGCAUUGAUUCAGUGUAUUGAUUGACAAUGUUGGUACAUGUAACAUUAGUUAUAUGGGAAUCUCCCAGCAUUGAUUCAGUGUAUUGAUUGACAAUGUUGGUACAUGUAACAUUAGUUAUAUGGGAAUCUCCCAAUCUAUUUAAGGCAUUGCAAAAACUCUCCAUUA